CCGGCUUCGUCUCCACCAGGCCGAUACUUCAAACUGCCUACAGCGUAGGCCAGCCGCGCGUCGGUUCGGAUUAUAUCAUAUUGAGAUCGAAUCUUCUGCUGAAAUAGAAUUCCUUUCUUGAAUAUCGUCUCUGGUUCAGUCGACACAUCAGGAAGUUUAACCCCCGCGAGGCCACUGGGCCUAAGCACACAAAAAAAGAACAGCAUGUCGGUCCUCGACAGCACGCACGCGCAGAGGCUCACCACCGGGAUUGUGGUAACAUGCCUUGCGCUGUCGAUCAUUUCUUUCGGACUUCGAAUCUAUGCGAGGCGAAAGUCGGCGGCAAACCUGUGGUGGGAUGACUAUUGGAUGUCAUUGCCCAUGCUCAUAUGUAUAGUUAUGAGCACGAGUGACUUCGUCGGGCUCGUGUACGGUUCAGGCCAGCACCAAGCAGAUUUGGACGAGCAGACCGUGCAAAGUUUCAUGAAGAACCUGUACCUCUACGAGAUAUUCUGGUCGAUCGGCGUCUUCAGCGUGAAGGUCGGCAUUCUGAUGUUCUACUGGAGAGUCUUCCACACGAAAGCGUUUCGCGUAUCGGCGAUCGCAGUUGGGACGUUCUCCCUCAUGAUUUUUCUCAUCAACUUCUUCACCUUUAUUUUCCAGUGCACCCCAAUCGAAAGCUUCUGGACAGGGAACCUGGAAGACUGCAUCGACCGCAACGCAUUCUACCUAGCGUCUGCUAUAAUCAACGUUGCCGGUGAUAUUGCCGUGCUGACCCUACCAUUACCUGUUGUUUGGCGUCUACAUACCUCCAGGAGCAAGAAGUGGUCACUGAGCUUUCUAUUCCUUCUUGGCGCUUUUGUAUGCAUAGCAAGCAUCUUUCGUAUUGUUGGAGUGUACGAAAUCGAUCCCGCCGACUUUACUUUUAGCAACCUUGCCGGAGGUCUUUGGAGUACCGUGGAGGUUGAAAUAGGAUUUAUAUGUGCGAAUCUUCCAGCUAUCCGGCCCAUCAUCUUUAAGUGGUUCGGACUUGGCAGCUCGGCACCUGGAUACGCGUCUGGCAGCGCCGGUCCGAGACAAUACGGCAUCUCCAGCAAGGGAGCAACCAGAUCUGGUCAUGUCAUUCUUCGAAGCAGAAAUCAAGAGUCGGACGUGCUAGAUUCGGACACGGAAGCGCUCACGAAUACGAGAGCGACAACCGGCGACGCUCAAGGCCAAGCCUUUGGCCUUUCUGAGAUCGUCGUUAAAACGGAUAUUGGCGUCUCGAUAGACUCUAAGCAGUCUCAACCCCACGAUAAAGAACCAAAUCACUUUGUUCGGAUAACAGCACCGCGUUCAGGGACGGUUGAUUUACCGGGCGCCGGAAAGGAUUAUUAUAACUAGGGUUAAAUUUACGGAAUACAUACUAUCAUGAUACACCAUAUGUUCUAUCUUUGUACAUAUAUAAUUUAAUAAUGUCAAGUAUAUGUCAACGAACAUCUC